GGACGAUGGGAGGGAGGGGGUAGGGUGGGCGCAUAUAACCCGGCUCCGCAUGCGGAGCUCAGCUCCUCCUGCCACCGCUGCCCGUGUUGGAAGUGAAGCGAAGAGGUGAAGUGAAGAGUUGAAGAGGGAGUGUUACCUCUGCACCAUGAAGAUCCUCCUGCUCGCCAUCGCCAUCAUCCAUGUGGCGGCGCUGGUCCUGCUCUUCAUCGCCACCAUAGACAACGCCUGGUGGUACAACAAUGUUGUGAACGUCACGAGCCAGAGUGUGGACCUGUGGAAGAAGUGCACCUACGUUGGAACCCAAUGGACCUGCGAAUCGAACGGGCACAAUGUUCCUCUCUCAGACUGGAUACAGGCCGUGCAGGCAUUCAUGAUCCUGUCCGUGAUCUUCUGCUCUGCGUCACUCAUCAUCUUCACGGCGCAGCUCUUCCGCCUCGAGAAGGGUGGCAUGUUCCACUUCACGGGGGCUUUCCAGCUGCUCGCCUGUCUGUGCGUGAUGGUGGCCGCCUCUAUGUAUGCGGCGCAGUUCAACUACAACAGCAACGGCGGGUACGGCUACUGCUUCAUCCUCGCCUGGAUCGCGUUCCCGCUCACGCUCAUCAGCGGCGUCCUCUACUGCAUCCUGCGCAAGAAGUGAUGGUCCCCACCCCCUCGCCCAGCACGGUCGCAGGGCACGGCGCCCCCCCUCCGCACGGCAGCUCCUCCUCCCGAUCCUCGGGGCCCACACGGCCCACACGGCCCUCGGGGCCCACACAUAGGAACGCCACUCUCACCCUGGGAAUCAGAUUUAAAAAUCACGGGGGAAUUUUAUAAUAGUCAGAAAAUUGUCUGGAAUGUUAUUUGCUCGUCGGGUUUUGGUAACGUAGCAUAGAUGUUUAAUUGUAAGACCCCCAGCUCUGUAGCUUUUACAACGUGUACUCAUCUUGCCCCCUCCCCACUUCGUCCCCCGUAAUCGCCAUGCCCUCCCCCCAACCCCGUAAUCAUCAUGCCCCCCCCCCCACCGUAGUGAUGGUGCCUGUGCCCAUGUGCCUUCGCCUCGUGUCCCACUCUCCAGUCGCCACGUGCCGCGUCCGAUUGCUGCGACGUGGCCAACUCUCAUGGCGAGUGGCAGCCACUCCACCGCGAGGGACGCAGGCUGUGUUCAGCAGAACGCACUACGCGUGACUCUCGCUCCAGCCGUAAAUAUGCGGGGAUUCACCUCCACAUAUCUGUGUCUCUGCACAUAAAUAAACGUAUAUUUUGUACACACCUCAUCAACCAUACACGGUCUUCUGGGAGUGCAUCAUUUCAGCAGCUCUGGUUUACAACAAGCAAGAACUCUGGACCGGUUUCGACAUGCAGUGUCUCAUCAACAGAGUCAGGCUUUGCUUGAACCAAUGCUGGUGAACUGCCAGAUGUUUAGAGGCAAGGACCCUGUCUGUUCGAUAUAGAAUUGCAAAACUAUAUCAAUCACAGCGAACAAUCAGGAUGCGCGUGUUAGCAGGUGGCGUGCGUUGCGCGUGUAAGGAGGGAGGGUGGAAUGGUAUUUUGUAUAAAACCUAUGACUUGCCUCA